AUGGUAGAGCCGUACGCUCCAAGGCGCUCGGCCCAAACACCAACUACCCCAGAUCAAAUUGGUUAUCCACCCAUACACCGCACUCAAAUUCAAAUCAAUGCAACGCGAAGACGCGCACAAAACACGUCUUUCACCAUGGGCCGUUUAGUAGGCUUGGAGCUUUACAACUUCAAAUCCUAUCGAGGAACAUGCAAAGUGGGCUUCGGGGACUCGUUUUUUACCUCCAUUAUUGGUCCGAAUGGAGCCGGAAAGUCAAAUAUGAUGGACGCAAUUUCGUUCGUUUUAGGCGUAAAUUCGUCUCAAUUACGGUCUAGAAAUCUCCAGGAUUUAAUCUACCGGGGAAGAAUUGGUGGAGAUUCAGCUGCAGAUACAAGUUUCGAACACUCAAAUCCAACUUCGGCAUAUGUAAAGGCCAUCUACGAAAAAGACGAUGGUCUGCAAUUGGAACUCAAAAGAACUAUAGGAUCCAGUGGAAAUGGAGACUACAAGAUCAACAAUAAGAAUGUGACGGCGUAUCAGUACUCCAUGGUAUUGAAAGAGGAAAACAUUUUGAUCAAGGCAAGAAACUUUUUGGUGUUCCAAGGCGAUGUGGAGCAAAUAGCAUCGCAGUCACCUCGCGAUCUUGCCCAGCUCAUUGAGACCAUCAGUGGCUCGGGAGAACUUAAACCAGAGUACGAUAAACUCAAAGAUGAAUAUGAUGCCGCGCACGAGUUUACUACCCAGGUCUUUCUGCACAAGAAAACGUUAAACUCGGAAUCGCGUCAAUAUAAAGAGCAGCUUGCCGAGAAGGAAACGUUCGAGACAAAGUUGCAGGAACGCGUCGAUAUCACGAAACUUCUUCAUUUGUACAAGCUUUAUCACAAUGAGCAGAAACAUGCUCAAAUAUCCAGUGAGAUUGGUUCCAAAACUGAAGAAAUUGCAAAGCUCGAACUGCAAAUAGAAGAGAAGAAGGAACUCUACGACAAAUUGGUAUCGGCUCAAGCGAAAGAUGUGCUUCGCCAAAAGAAGUUUUCUCUGCAAAUCGCUUCUUUAGUGAAGAACAUCGAACUGGAACGUAAGAAUCUCAUACCAAUCGAUGCUUCCAAAAGGUCUUUGAUGGCCAAGGUUAACCAACUCAAGUCGAAGCAAAAGGAACUAACUCUGGAAAUGACUUCUCGCAAGAAAGCAGUGACCAACCUUGAGAAACAGCUCAAGGAUUCGGAGCGUCUUUACAAGGAGUUCCAAGACAAAAUUUCUCUGGCUUCCAAUAUAAAAGUUUCCCCACAAUGCCAGCAAGAUUAUGAGUCUUUGCGUGCAGAGUAUCUCGCUUCUGGAGGCGCACAAUUGGAAGAGAAGCUCAGCUUGGUACACAAUGAUCAAGAAGCCCUUGAGGUGACCUUGACUAAUUUGAGACGACAACUAAAGACUGCUGAGUCAAGGAAGGAAAAACUAGAAAUUACUAUCGAGACUGAACUUUCCUACAAGCGCGAUGAGAUAGCAUCCAGAAUCAGCGAUGUACAAGGUGACAUUUCGUCUGCUGAGGUCUCUCGCUCCAAGCUUAUCAGUCAAAAAGAAGAGCUUUCUCGCCAGGAACUCGACCUCAACUCUAAGCUUCGAGACGUCUUGUUAAAACUCGAUGAACUCUCUUCUCGACGGAGGGAGUCAAACAAGCAGAAGGCUUUGAGAGAGAAUGUCGCUAUGCUCAAACGGCAUUUUCCCAAAGGUGCUAUACGUGGGCAGCUUUAUGACUUGGUGAGACCAACGAACCAAAAGUACGAAGAAGCUUUGCUGACUACUUUAGGACGCAAUUUUGACUCUAUCGUUGUUGAGACUGCGACUAUAGCCCACAAGUGCAUCGAGAUUCUCAAGGAGAGAAGAUCUGGAGUAGCAACAUUCAUUCCGUUGGACUCUGUGACUAGCGACCCCAUCAACUUGAGCCAUUUGCGUUCACUUCAUCCCUCUGCUAGACCAGGCAUUGAUAUUGUCGAGUAUGACGAUCCAGAAUUAGAACAGGCUAUUCGGUAUGUGGUGGAGGACACCAUAGUUGUCGACGAUAUCAAUUUAGCACGCUCAUUGAAAUGGGGUGGUGGCUCUUCAUUGAAAAAUAAACUUGUAACGCUCGAUGGAUCUGUGAUUCUGAAGUCUGGUAUCAUGAGCGGUGGAAGACAGAAAGAAAGGUCCUCAUCCUUUGUACAGUGGGAUAAGAAUGAGUGGAAUAAGUUGUCGCAAGUGAAGGAAGAGCUCGCGGUGAAACUUGCAUCACUUUCUGAGCAGCGUCCCAAGGAAAUGGAGAUCAAUGACCUUGCUGAAAAGGUUAUUGCGUUGGAAGAUAAUAUCCAAUUAUUGACAGGUCAACGAGAAGCUAUCGAAAGAGCCAUCCAGGAUAAGAAAUCUGAGAUAGAGUACCAGGAUAAGCUCAUCGCAGACGUGAACACAUCCAUAGAGGAAAAGAUGCAAUUGAAGCAAGAAAUCGAAGAAGAAAUCAAUUCGUGCGAAGAGGAAGUUACAUCAUUGCAGAAUAAGAUUUAUGAUGGUUUCUGCAAGAAAUAUUCAUUCGCUAAUGGUAUUACUGACUACGAAGAUAAAUAUGGAUCAGCGUUACGUCUGAGAGCCAAGGAGAGGAUGCAGUACUCCAAGGCAAUUUCAACUUUGAAGAACAAACUCGAAUUUGACCAAGAGUCUGUGGAGGAAACGCAGAAUAGGCUAGAUGAUCUUGCUGAGAGAAUUUUGAAAAUUGAGGGCCAGAUAGUGGAAAAGUUGGAUGAGAAGAGCCUUAAGGAAAGCGAUGUCGACAAACUCGAAGCGGAAUUAGAAGUUCUACAAUCUGAAAAGGAUCAAUUUGACACUCAAGUUGCCAGCAAAACCAAAGCGGCGGAAGAAAUCGACUCGCAAAUCACAGAUAUCAAAGAUGAGCUAGCGUCUGAAUCACGAGCUGUUGCAGGUAUGGAGGAGUCACUUUUAAACGUUGACAUGGAGCGUAUUUCCGUUCUCAAAUCAUGCAAAAUUGAUGGCAUAAAUGUACCGCUUAAGGACGGUCUACUCGAGACGUUUGAGAUUGACGAAACCAUGGAUCAUAUUCUGGAUCAUAUAUAUUCCAUUGAGGUGGACUAUGAUCUUUUGCAGAAGCGGUUGCGUGACAACUAUAGUUACAAGGUGGAAGCAGAAAUGGCUGCAAAGAUUGAAUCGAUAACAGAGGAGUUGGAGCAAUUGGCACCCAACGCAAAAGCAACAGAGCGUCUAAAGGAGGUUGAAAAGAAGCUCAAAAGCUACGACCGGGAUCACACGAAAGCACGACAAGCGGAGAACAAAGCAUACGAGAAAUUCAAAAAGGUUACUGAGAAUCGACUUCGCAUGUUCAUGACAACUUUCAACCAUCUUGCUGAAAAGAUAGACUUCAUAUACAAGGAAUUGACCAGAUCGUCAUCUUCGCCAUUUGGCGGAGUUGCUUCUUUGACCUUGGAAGACGAGGAAGAACCAUACAAUGCUGGUGUUAAAUAUCACGCUAUGCCACCAAGUAAACGGUUCCGUGAUAUGGAUCUUCUUUCAGGAGGAGAAAAAACCAUGGCUGCUUUGGCUUUGCUAUUUGCAAUCCACUCGUAUCAACCUUCGCCCUUCUUUGUUUUGGACGAGGUAGAUGCUGCUCUUGAUGUUGCAAACGUCAAUCGUAUAGCGACUUACAUCAAGAACCAUGCCGGACCCAAUUUUCAGUUCAUUGUUAUUUCGUUGAAAAACACUUUGUUUGAGAAAUCUGACGCUCUUGUUGGAAUUUAUAGGGAGCAGCAGGGCCAAUAG